AUGGCUGUAGGUGAUGCCUCUAAGAAUGGGAAAAAGAAGGUUGUCAUUGUCGGAGGUGGGGCAGCAGGAAUGUCUUGCGCAGCUACACUCGCCCAGCACCCAGAGAAGUUCGACAUUACCAUCAUAGAGCGUAUGUCCGUUCUUGGAGGCCAGGCCACCUCAAUCGCGCUGGACAAAGAGAAGUACGGGACCACAUGGAUGAAUGAUGGCGUUCAGGGAGGAUCGCCCAUCUUCAAGCACACCUUUAGAUUCAUGGAACGUUACGGUCACCAUCCACAAGGCGUCAAGCUACAAGUCGCGUUUGGGCAAGGGAAAGACAGCUUCUGGACUAAUUGUUUCCCGAGUCCACUUGUCGACCAAUUCUCCAAAGACAUUAAGAAAUUCGGAAAGGUGCUGAAGUUGAUCAAAUACACCAUGCCAGUCCUAGGCUUAGUGCCCAUUCGGAUCAUGCUACGGCUGUUCUUCUUUUCUAAAGAUUUCGGUGACAAGAUGGUCUACCCUCUGAUCGCGCUCUUCCUCGGCACCGAACCCUCACCACUAACACCCUACCUAGGAAACCAAACCGCCAACGUCGCCUGCGCAAUCCUCGAACGCCUCUUUGACGACCCCAACAUGAAACUCUGGAACUACGACCCGGAUACCCUCCUCCCCAACCUCCCCGACAUGGUCACCUUCCCCAGCUGCGACAAAUUCUACAAAGACUGGGCCGCGGAUCUACGGUCCAAGGGCGUCGACAUCCGCACAAACACCGACGUCACCGCCAUCAAAUCCCGCACCAAGAAAGGCGUCGUCCUCGAGACCGCCCCCUUCGACCCCGAAAAAGGCAAAACAGACCCCAAGGGUGGCCAGCGCGCAGGCGGACACACAGGCCCCACCUCCGUGACUGAAACGUUCGACGACAUGGUCCUCGCCGUGCUCGCUGACGACGCGAAAAAGCUCCUGGGUAAAACCUCCUCCUUCUUCGAACGCUUCGUCCUCGGCGGCGCCUACUUCUACAACGACAUCACGAUCACGCACUCCGACAGCGACUAUUUCUCCAACAACUUCGAGACGCACUUCUCAGACGACCUGUGCGCCAAGCCGAAGAACAAGCAGCAAGAGGAGCAAGUCGCGUUCGCGAAGAAUCAGAUCACUCGGCGCGAAGGGGAUGGCGAACCCGCUGGUUAUCGACCCAUGUAUUACACGCACAGUUACAAGGAGGACAUGGCAAAGAUCGAAAUGGCCUUCGACUGCACGAACUACCAGCACCAAUUCCGGCAAGACAGCCCCGAUUCCGUGACGGGUGAGAAGCCAGGCCAGCCACACACGCAGCACGUAUUCCAAUCGAUCUUCCUGGACGAAGACCAUCGUGACAAGUGGACGAUCGACCAGAUCGACCCUGAGAAGAUUAUAUUGCGGAAGUGGUGGCAUCAGCUGGGGCAUCGAUGGCAGCAUUAUAUCAGGGUCGUGCCGAAUAUGAUGUGGUUGCAGGGGAAGCGCCGGACGUGGUAUGCGGGGAGCUGGACGCUGGUUAAUAUGCAUGAGAUGGCGUGUGUCAGUGGCAUUGCGGCCGCGUGGAGACUUGGGGCUGAAUAUACGGUUUUCGAUGCAUUCGCGGAGGAUCUGUUUCAGAAGUAUUUGUUGAUUAGUCAUGGGAAGAUGUAUAAGAAGAAGGGUGGGGAGAAGGGGGAUUGA